AUGGAACAGAAUCCAGUCUUCUACACCGCUGUAGACCAGGGUGCCGUCUCUGAGGGUGUCUUUGACUUCAAGCUCGCCUCCUCGGGAUCGGAAGUCUACAUUGGCGGUACGGACUCGCGCCUCUCAACCGGCUCGAUUGAGUACUCCGAGCUCGUCAACGACCAGUUGUGGCAAGUCGGUGGCGCAACCCUUACCCUCAAUGGCGACAAGGUCCCACCCAGGUUCGAGACCAUCAUAGACUCCGGCACGACGCUCAUGGGCGCCGAGACUGAGACUCUUGAAAUCAACUGGGGAGGCAAGACUUGGCCUGACGACACCGAUAACUUCAACCUCCGCAAAUAA